CCUCGUUUUUUUCGUUAUUUCGGUGGUGUAACCACUAUACGAGAAUAUCGUUUUAUAUCAAAACCUCCUUAUCGAUCACUCACUCUCCCGUCCAACCCCUCGUGUACAUACGCUCGCAGUACGUUAAAUGGUGACCAUGGUGGGUGACUAUAAUAAAGCGUGUGAGUUAAUGAGGCCAUCAUUCAACUGUUAUUAAAAAUAUGAUUUUUUGUGUCUCAAAAACAUCUGAUUUAAUAAUCAGUAUUUUUAAUCAUUGAAAAGUGCAGAAUUUUAUUAUUAUUUGGGAAGUGAGUUAAGAAGGAAAGAUGACGUGCUUGAGACCCACUAGAAGAAAAAGUCAAGAUUUUAUCACGGAGUGAUAGACUAGGUUGCUAUUGUUAUUAACUUUGGUGUGAGUCAGAGUGUCCAUGCUGUUGGUAAGCUGCUCCUGACGAACGAUAGGUAGGUGAAAUGGGGAGUUCUUGGUGGCAGUGUACCGCAUGCCUCAGAGCGCAGGAAGAGGACAUCUGCGAGCUACAGUUGAAUCACUGCAAUCUGUAUGAUGUACCACCGGAUGUGUUCAUUUAUGAGAGAACACUGGAGAUGCUUCAUUUGGAUGCCAACAGAAUAAAGGACCUGCCAAGACCAUUAUUCCAGUGCCAUGAACUUCGUGUGUUAUCACUCAGUGAUAAUGAAAUUACUACACUACCACCCGCCAUAGCUUCCCUUAUAAAUCUGGAGCAUCUAGAUCUCAGUAAAAAUAGUAUAAAAGAGCUUCCAGACAGCAUAAAAGAAUGCAAGAACCUGCGUUUCCUCGACCUAUCUGUGAAUCCAUUCGAACGCUUUCCAGACGCCAUAACGCACAUAGUAGGUUUGCGUGAGUUAUACAUAAACGACGCAUACAUAGAGUAUCUCCCAGCCAACUUUGGUCGUCUCUCAUCCCUCCGCACACUUGAGCUCCGUGAGAACAAUAUGAUGACUCUGCCAAAGAGUAUGAGUCGUCUAACAAAUCUACAGAGACUCGACAUUGGUAACAAUGAUUUCACAGAACUCCCCGAGAUAGUCGGCGAUUUGACAAACUUGACUGAGCUCUGGAUCGAUGGUAACGACAUUCGUCGUAUUCCGGCAAACAUCGAGCAGUUAUAUCGAUUAAAUCACUUUGAUUGUACGAUGAAUGCUGUCCAUGAAUUGCCAUCGGAGAUUCAAGGCUGGCGUGACAUAUCAAUCAUUAAUUUUUCAUCAAAUGAACUUUAUCAAUUGCCAGACACAUUAUGUUAUUUACGCACAAUAGUCACCCUUAAAAUUGAUGAUAAUCAAUUGAAUUCACUGCCAGAUGAUAUUGGACAAAUGUCAAAUUUGGAGGAACUUAUUGUGACUAAGAAUUUUUUGGAGCACUUACCAUCGUCAAUUGGUCUGCUACGUAAAUUACACUGUUUAAACGCUGACAAUAAUUAUCUCCGUGCAUUACCCCCUGAAAUCGGUAGCUGUAGUGCACUAUCACUCUUAUCAUUGAGAUCGAAUAAUAUAUCGGGUGUUCCUCCUGAGCUGGGACACUUGUCCUCGUUGCGUGUUCUCAAUCUUGUUAAUAAUUGUAUACAAUUCUUGCCGGUUUCCAUGCUCAAUUUGACCAACCUCAAGGCACUUUGGUUGAGUGAUAAUCAGAGUCAGCCUCUUGUUCCUCUCCAGCAGGAGUUCAACAGAGAAGAAGAUAUGAUGGUAUUGAGCUGCUUUAUGCUGCCGCAGAAACAGAGAAAAGAACUUGAACAAAUGGAGCAAGCAGUGGGGCCAAUUUCCGGUUCAAUCGUUGGAACCGGAAGGAGAAUAUGUUUUGCUGCUGAAGUCGACACCGAGGUCCCUAGACAGCUUCAUCGUGCACCAACCCCUUAUCCAAAGGAGCUACGUAAUCUCGCGAGACACGCACGCAAUCUGCAGCAGCAGUCUCUGCAUGAUCAAAGGAUCCACCUUGAAAGAGAUGGAGUGAUAAAAGAAGCAGUUGUAGCAAAAUCUACUCCAUCCCUCAACCUUUCCAGUUCCCAACUCCAUCCCCAAUCCCCUGUUCACUCCCCUCCGAAAUCACAUGAUGACCCCUUAGAAGAACCAAACCAGCCAGUUCUGGCCCAGGAAAAGACUCCUGAAAUUCGUGAAGCCAAAUGCGUAAGAAACCCAGGUUCUGAAUACCUCUCACGACCCCCGACUAUCGCGGACUACGUAAGUUCAACUUGGAAGCCAGAAGAAUAUUCACGAACGAACACAGCCAAAAUAGUAGAAUCCGAGAAGCUGGCUGAGGCUCAUAAGAAUCCAGAAAACAGUCCCAACGACCAAAGCAAAAGUACUCAAGAUCUUCCAUUAGCACCUCCACCUUAUCACAUUGCUGCAGCAUUCUCGAAGAAGGCCGCACUCUUCCAACAGCUUAAUCAAUGUGAUUUGAUCGAUGACAUGUCGACACCUUCCAAGACGGCUGACAAUCAUUCACGAAAUUCUUUUAACGAUUCUCCUCAAAUACAAUCGUGUCAAAAUAAUAAUCAAAAUGAGAAUGAACAAAUUGAUGGAAAUGUUGGUGGUAGAAUAAUAGAUCAUUCGCAUGACAAGAAUUUAAUUUUUAUGGAGGACAGACCCAGUAGAAUUCCUAUUUUAAGAGGGAAAAAUCACGAAAGUAUUUGUGACGUUGAGGGUAAUUUCGCUGAUGAUGGACAUUGCAAUUUGGCAUUUAAUGUUUUUGAUGAUAGAGAGAGAAGUCAUGAGGUAAUAUUGAGUGGCAUUGAGGGACCAGUGUCACCUGUGACGGGGCGAAAGUACAGAAGUCCAUUGUCCAAUGCAUAUAACCAAUUGAAACACUCUGACGGAGGGAGGAAAAUUAAUGGAAGUUUUAGGGAGGGACUAGAGGGAUUGAGUGGACAGAGUGGGAAUAAUUCGGUUGAGAUGCAGAAUGAGAGGAAUUCUGGAAGGAAUACAACGAUGAGGAAUGGCGAGGGAGAUGUUAAUGGAGUGGAAAGAUCAAAAGCCAGAGAUGAGAGUAGACCCAAGCUCAAGUGGAUGUUUGGACCACAUAGAAACGUUAAUGUGAUUCCUGUUCAAGUGAGAAAAAACCCAGGCUUAGGAUUUAGUAUUGCUGGUGGAGUGGUCGGAAACGAAACCGGCAUAAUCAUAACUAAAGUGAAUCCAGACGGUCCAGCGCAAGGAACUCUCCGCCCAGGCGAUAAAAUUCUCGAAGUCGACGGUAUUGAUUUCACGAAAUCAGAUCACGAUAGCGCAGUUGCGAUUUUACGCUCUACAGGAGCAGUAGUCGCAAUGUUGAUAAGCAGACACCAGUGAAAAUGCACUCAACUCUUUCACGCAGCUCACCGCCUCCAUUUUCAGUAGAACAGGUGUGCCAGAGAAUAAAAAAGAAAAUAUUUAUUAAUUGAAAAAAAUGAGAAAAGAAAUCAUAUACAAAUAUAUAUAUACAUCAGAAUUUAUAUGAGUAGUUAUACGAUAAUGGUAGAUUGAACAAAAAUGAUAUUCUUCUAUGUGCCGUACUUUAAUUGAAAAGUGUAAUCUUAAGUGUAUCACAUUGUUGCCAACGGUAGAGAUACUUUACGACUGUUUAUCCAUAAUUUAGACAUUCAGACGUUUCAUUUGCACAAGGCCUUCAUUAAUUUAUUGGUUUCAUAUAGGGGAGAAUUUUUCUUGCCAUUAUAUAUUUUAUCUUUUUUUUAUUGAGUCAUUGUACGCAUUAAGGAGAUGAAUAUAACUCUUGCAGCCUUAACGCGGUUCGAAUGUAGCUAUAUAUAUUGCAAAAACGAUGUGAUUUUUUAGACAUCCUCACGCUUUUAUGGGUGAAUAAAAAAAUAUGAUCCUUAGCUAGAAAUGUACCUUACUCUAUCCAACUGCGGCUGAAAUAGAUAAGAGAUUUUUACUCUGCUGAAAAAUUGUGUGAAUUAUAAUGGAAAUAUGCCACCUGGUUUGACAGCCAACUCAAGUAGGGUAUGGGUGCAAACCAAUUCACAAGUUUGCAUUAUGAGUUACUCCAUUUUCCAACUGAGAAAAGACCCGUGAUCUAAUUCAGCCGCAGCCACAUGAAAUAACGUAAAUUUCUAGCUAAGGAUCAUAUUUUUUGGCUCAGGCCCGGGUGGAUUAUCUUUCGAACGUGAUCUUGGUUGGUUUUUUUAUUUUGAUAAUAG